AAAAUAUUCGAUACAAGAACGGUGCCACAGGACUCCCAAUAUUCGAAAACAUGAGAAGCUAGAGGCUAGCAAGCUUUGACGAUGACAACUAAAUCUAUUUAUAGCAAGACACCGACGAAGUUUUCUCGCUUACUCAGCGCAUUGCGUAUCAACCUCUAUAGCUCACAGAGCCAUAGCUUACAAUAUGGAAGCGCGAUUAGUCCAAAUUUGUAGCCUUACUUCACUUGUUGUUAGCCAUUGGGUAACAAUCGCGAUUGGAGUUUCUUUGCUGUUGUAUUGGUUCGGGACGAAAGCAAACAGAUCGCUAAAGAAAGAGUUUCCUAAUACCCCAGGGCCUACACCUUGGCCAUUCAUCAGUAAUCUCCCAGCUUUGGCGAAGAAUCGUGGUCAAGUUCAUUUGCUUUUGGACGAGUUCUAUAAGCAGUAUGAGGGCCCUGCCAUUCGUCUGAGCUUCAUGGGAAAGCCAAGUAUACUCGUCAAGGACACAGCGCUUCUCAAAGCAAUCAUGGUCAAGAAUUUUGACUGCUUCCACGAUCGACUGAAAGCCGAUUUCUCCCCUCCUCUGGACAAGAUGUUGACCAUACUGCCUGGCGAAGAAUGGCGAAAUUUGCGGCAUGCUUUGUCACCUAAUUUCAGUGCGCACAAGCUGAAAGGCAUGGUCCCUCUGAUGAACAAGGCAUGUGAUGUGUACAUGAAGAAGAUAGCCUGCGCCGCGGAGACUGGGGAGACAAUUGACGUCAUGAAGAUUAACCCUGCUCUGACACUCGACAUUAUAAUUUCCUGCGCAUUCGGGGUGGAGUCAGACUGCCAGAACAACCCAAAAGACCCUGUGAUGAAGAAGGCCACUGCCGCUAUGAGACCAAGUCUGAUACGCACCAUUCUCGCCAAUGCUGUCCUGCCCUUGCUUCCCGGCGGACAGAAACUCGUAUCCUCCAAGAUUGGGGCGUCACUUUUCUUCAGAGAGGUUCUCGAACUAAACAGCUUUGUACAGGGUGUUAUUCAGAUGAAAAAGAGAGAGGGCUCAUCACGGAAAGACAUGUUGGACUUGAUGCUUGAGGCUGCAGCCUCUGAUAACACUGAUGGCGGCAAGGCACUUUCACUGGAUGCAAUCAUUGCCAACACAAUCGUGUUCCUGUUAGCUGGACACGAGACCACUAGCAGUACUAUCGCAUUUGCUUCCUAUUUCCUGGCCAAGAACCCAAAAAUACAAGAGAAAUUGCAGCAAGAGAUCGACAGCGUGUGGAGCGGCGAGGAGGAGAUGCCAUCGUACGACACCGUGCACGACUUGCCGUACCUUGAAAUGGUGAUAUCAGAGACGCUAAGGCUCUGCCCGCCAGGUUUCGCGGUCAUACGGGAAUGCACAAAGACCUGCAUUAUCAAUAAACUACGGAUACCACAGGGUAGCCGCGUACUCGCCUCAGUCUACAGCAUACACAGGGAUCCCAAGUACUACCCUGACCCCGACAUAUUCGAUCCGGAGCGGUUCAGCCCUGAAGGCAAGGCGUCACGUGACCCAUACGCGUACAUGCCGUUUGGACACGGUCCCCACAACUGUAUUGGGAUGAGGUUCGCGCAGAUGGAGAUCAAGCUGGUGUUAGUGCGCAUGCUCAAGAGGUACACGCUUUGUGUCACGCAAGACACGAAACCUCUAAACAUCAUCUCGAACCAAACACUAACCACAAACGAGCCAGUCAAACUUGGAGUAGUGCGUCGCUAGACGCUUUGUGUCACGUUUGUGUCACGCAAGACACGAAACCUCUUAACAUCAUCUCGAACCAAACACUCACCACAAACGAGCAUUCAAACUUGGAGUAGUACCCCGCUAGACGCUUUGUGUUACGUUUGUGUCACGCUUUGUGUCACGCGAGACACGAAACCUCUCAACAUCAUCUCGAACCAAACACUCACCACAAACGAGCCAAUCAAACUUGGAGUAGUACGGCGCUAGACACCAAACAUGUCAACGUUUUUUUAACCGGGUGUAUUUCACCCCCCCCCCCCUCCCCCCACUUCCAUUUCGCAAUAGACGUACUAUUUGUAAGACUAAACUAUACAAGCAUAAGCAAAUUAGAUAGAAAAAAAGGCAUUCUAGAACACUCUCGUAUGUUAUAAAUCUAUAAGUCAAACCUUUUUUGUAGCCAAACCGAUAAUAAACGUCAAAAGAAUUAGGUGUUUUUUGGAUUUCGCACCCUCUAAGAAAAAUACUGGGUACGGCCUAGGGACGAGUCGAUUGAGCUAGAAAACUGGGGUAACCCCACCCCCCACCCCCCCCCCCCCCCCCCCCCCUGCUAACCCUAACGAAGAGCCUGGUUCCUGGAUACCCUGUGAUCGUAAGAUCGUAAAUGAUCACAUUUCCCUUAUGGUUGCCCUGUGCCAUGUGUUACUGUGGUAUGUGUUAACGUGGUAUGCGGUUGUCGCCAUGAAAUGUACUGACAGUAAAAUUCGAGGACAUGGCCAAGAAUCUUCCAGAUCAGAACAUGCGCUGACACACCGUAUGGCUAGCAUAAAAAUUUACGGCUAAGAUGGAGAAUUCGGCCCCAGCACCGCUAACUAGCUAACUGUACAACACAAAGGAACCUGAGGUACCCGCGCAUUAAUGGGAAGGCAAUAACCAGGAUCCUAUCCCUGUCUUAGUCGGUUACGCCACGCACAGCUCGCUCGCUGAUGUAGACUGAAACUGAAAAAUAUCAGGUUCCAACUGAUUUUGCGUCUGGCGAGGGGGGUAGCAUUAUAUCGAUUAUUGUUGAACUGUGAGACUCCAUGUUUCGACUUGCGCUGUGAUAUGCACCAUCAGUAACGUAUAAGCACAGGGAUCCCACUCAACUCAACGCAUUGUUUAUUUAGCAUUUGAACUUCAUUUGUGUAUCAAUUAGGUCGCAACAUUUUCAAUAAAACUCCUUUCAAAUA